CCGGCGUCAGCUCAGGGUCUAUCAGUCUGACCCCGCAGGGUCCGCCCUCCACGUCCCCGAAGCAACCGUCGAGGAUGCGCUGAUUCCCCGCAGCCAUGGCCUCAGCAGGGGCUGAGAAGCAGCCAGGGGCCCAAGAGGGAGCAGCCAUGGGGCAGUCGCAGCUUACCGAGGUGCCUGGUGGCCAUGCUCAGAAUUCUGAGGGUCCAGUUAUGGGAGACCAGUGCCUGGUGCCAGCCCAUGACGCCUGCCAAACCCAGGGUGAAGACAAAUGUCCAACAGCACCAGUCUCAGAGCCAAAGAUCCAGGAGGAAAGACUCAAGCUGGAGAAAGACAGGCACAAGCCAGAGGUGGAGGCACUAGAGGAGAGAGGCCCCAGGCCUGUGGCCUCUAUUGUGAGGACCAGUCAUGGUCCGAAGAGGAAGCCAGCCUCCUUGUGCCCCAGCCUCCCAGGGCCUAGUCACCAAGCCCAGCCUAGGGCUGAAGCUGAGCUGCCACAGGGGAUGCCGCUGCAGAAGGAGGAGCUGGAGGGUAGCCAGAGUGAUACCUCACCAUCUGCCAAACAGCACAAAAAAGCCAAAAGGCGCAAGAAUGUGGGAACUCCAGUGCUCCCAGUGGUGACCAACACAGUGUCUGCACUCUCAGAAUCCUUGGGGCUGGCGCGAAAGGCCCAGCGCCUGAGACCCCUGUACCAGUACAUCAACUAUUGCAAUCCUGAGCUGAACCAGGCAGGGGAGGGGGACAAGGAGGCCGAGACUGAGGUGCAGCCUGAGUCGGAGCUGACCCUGGUCCCCGAGGAGGCAGGUGUGGAGCAACUGCAGGCCUUGCCACCCGUGGCAGGUGAGCUGGGCUCAGGCCUCACUUUGCCCUGCCCCAAUAUGUUCGUGCCCCCCACCCACACUCUGGUUCCCCUGGGAGAGGAAGCUGGCGAGGAGCCUGGGGGUUUGCCCAGCUUGGGGGUCAGCAGUCGCCUCAAGCCUGAGAUGGACAAGUCAGCUCAGGUGGACAUCAACAAGAUGCUAAGUGUCUGCGCUGCCCCACUUGUACCCCCACUCUCUCCUCAGUACAAGUGA